AUGUUUGACGAACAAGAAAACAUUAAACUUGAAAGAUCAAACAAUUGGUAUAGUGGUUGUUAUCUUGAGUCAAAGGAGGUCGUGGUUGAAAGAUUUAAAUAUUUUAUGCGUAGGAAACAUGAGAAAUUUAAUGAUCUGGAAAAGCGAUAUGAUAAUUUACUUAAAGGUUUGAGAAUGCAUUACGUAACGAUAUCAGACGCUGAACAGAAAUCUAAGUUUGCAGAUGCAUUACCUUUAGAGUGGGAUGAAUUUGUGUGUAAGGUGAAAAAGGAUUCUAGGUUCUCAAAAUUUAGUCCAGGUGAUUUCAUCAGAGAGCUUAGAACACAAAAUUGUGAAAUUGAGAAGAAAAAGAAAGAGUUGAUAGUGGAAUUAGAAAGAAAUUCAGAAAAUAUAAGUUUGGAUGUGAUUUUUGAAAUAAUCAAAAGAAUUAUAAAUGGUCUUAAUGAAAGAAGUAGGAUGAAAUAUGAUUACAAGAGAGGUUAUUUUUUAAAUAAAGAUUUGAAUCCUGCAGAUAUGGUUAAAAUUUUUCUUGCAAGAACGUCAAAGAUUGAAGAAUCCAAGAAAGAUGAAACUUCAAAAUGUGAAGUUGUAUGCUCAAAAUGCGAAAAAUCUGCAGCAGACAAUGUUAAAUUCUUGAAGGAUGUGGAGAGUUUAACAUUGGAAAUCAAAAGCUUGAAGGAUGAAAAAGAAUCUGAUAAUAAACAGAUUCUUGAAAUGCGAGAAAUGUGUGAGAAAUUGAAGUCUGAAAAUGUCAAACUGUUGAGUGAAUUUCAAAGUCAAAUAAAGAUUCUUGACGAUGGGAGAUCUGUUUUUAGCAAGAACAAUAUUGAAAAGCAAAAGGGACGAGGAAAAGAAAAGGACAAGGGUCAUAAUAUACCUUGUGCACUUGAUACUGAAUCGACAGCUGGUACUGUUGUAGAAAAGAUGGCAACAUUCUUGAGAGAGAGCAGAAUUGCUAAAAUAAUGUCUGAUAAAACUGUGGUUUAUGAAUCACAUGUUAGAGCAUUCUGGGAUACAGCAAGGUUUGAUGAAACAGAUAAAAAGAUUCAUGCUGUAUUAAGAAAGAAGGACAAAAAUGGAAAAGAUAUAGAUGUUGAAAUUGAAUUCAGUGUUGCAGAUGUUAGAAGGGUUCUUGAUCUACAAGAUUCUGAUGAUGAUCCGACAAUCAUGUCAGAACGUCUUGUAAAAGGUUUGUGGUGCAGAAUGGGUUUCACGGGGUACAUAAAUGGAAAGAUGUACAAAAGAAGCUUCUCCAAAGCAUAUAGGUACUUGAUGCAUUGUAUGGUGCAUUCAUUGGGUCAUAGAAAGGGUGCUUAUGAUGAGGUUGCUGAUUAUAUCAUGAACAUCAUAGCAAGCUUGGUGUUGAACAAAAAGUACAACAUUUCUCAAGUAAUUUUUGAGUAUAUGAAGGAAAAUUGCCAAGCUAGAGGAGACAACUACAUCAUGUAUCCUAGAUUCAUCAUGAUGAUUUUAAAUGACAAAAUCAAAGAUCUUCCAAAAGACAGUGAUGAUGUGAUGGAGAUGAGCAUUGUAAAUAAAGUCACAAUUGGAAGAAUUACAAAAGAUAAGGAUGUGAAAACAAAGCAGAUGAUUUGCAAAAUAAAAGAUAAAGAAUAUGUUGCUCCUGAAAACGAUAAGUGGAGGCAUGACAACAGUGAUUCAGACAAUGAAGACUCAAAGAUGAAUGACUUGGUUGAGAAAAAGACUAGGUGGUGGUUUGUUAGAGAUGGAAAAAGGAAAAGGACACCUAAGUCAUCCCCUGCAGUUGUUAUUCCAAAAGAUGGAGAAAAGGGGUCUUCUGGAGAGCCGCAGCAGAAGCUAGUGGAUGAGACAGUUGUAGAGCCAUCUGUGGUGAUUGAACAUGGUGCUGAGUUGUUAAAGCAAACUUUGGAAAGUUAUUUGAAAAAGAACGAAGAGAUUGCAGCACAACAAGCUCAAGGAACAAGUGUUCAUGCUGAAAAGAUUACAAGGGUAGAACUAGAAACAAAAGAUCAAAGUGGUUCAAGUGAUGGAGAUUCUGAAGCUACUCAAUCUGAGUCUGAACUAAUUCCUGAAACCCUUGGUAGAGGAAAAGCUAAAUUGAAGAAAAGACCUUCAAAGAAACAAAAGGGAUCUGAUGAAGAAGAUUCUCCGUAUGAUCCUGAAAAGUCAAAGAAGCAAAGAAAGAAACGAAAGGCAGCUCCAGUUGGUGUAAUUCCCAGAAAUGUCAGAUCAAAGAAAUCAGGAGCUGAGUCACAAAAGGAUAAAGAAGGAAAAGAAAAAAAGAAGACAGGUGAUGAUGAUUACGUCGAGAUCACAGGCUUCAAAGCUGCCAGUCCUAAACAUGUUCAACAAAAUAUUCCUUGUUCGCCGCAUCAGAAAGAAGAAGAUUUCAACUUUGAUUUUGAUAAUAUUGGUCCUGCUACGGGUAUUUUCUCAGAAGAUCUUCCAAGAGAAAGCGAUAUGUUCAAUGAUAAAGCUGUCAAAGAGCUAAUUCAAAGAGUUAACAAGUUGGAGAAAGAAAAAGGAAAAGCUGAGGAGGAACGUGAUAUGCUGAGAAGUCAAAUUGAUGAUUUGAUGGAAGCUCACAAUAAAAUAGUUGCAGCAUUGGUUGAAAAGGAGAAAAGAAUGAACCAGAUGAAGGAUGAUGUCGAGGGUAAUUUUAAAGUGUUUGAUUCGUUAACACAUGAGAUAUCUUCUUUGAAUGCCAAGAUAAAGGAUCUGGAGAAUGUGAACCAAACAUUAAAUCAGCUUCUCAAUGAGAUGAGCGAAGCUUCUUCUAAUGAAAUGAAGGCAAUGAAGUUAGAGAUGGAGGCUAUGAAAGCUGAUAAAGUAAUGAAAGAUAAACACCUUCAGAUGCUGGUUGCUGUAGUUGAAAGCCACUUAAAGUUGAACAUUCAUGCUGCUUUUGACGAAAUUGAUGUGAUAAGAGCAUAUGAAAGGAGAUUGGAAGGUAAACGUCAAAUGGCUGAAGAAGCAAACCUAAAGAACAAAGGAAUAGUUGAAGAGGUUGAGGUAGUUGAUGCAUCUUCGAGUCAACCAGAUGUUGGAGGUUCUUCUUCGCAACCAGAUGUUGAAAUAAUUGAAGUGGUUGAGGAACAAGAACAAGAAGUUGUUGAAGAUGAUCAAGAGAUGGUUGAAGCUGAAGCUGAAGAACCUAAUGAACCAGAAUAUUUGAUUAUUGGUGAGCCUAUUGAGCCUAUUAUUGUUGAAAAUGUUCUUCGAAGAGUUGAAAUUAUUCAAAGAAGAAGAAGAGCAAGGGAAGUACUGUUGCUGGAAUAUACAACUGACAAAUUUGUGUUAGUUGGCAAUGCUUACCCUGUGCCAUACAAUUCAAAAGAAGUGGCAAAGUUGUUAAAGUUCCUUGAUCGAAAAAGGAAGGGAAGGAUAGCUCGUGGUGAGAUUGUGGAUGAAGAAUCCGAUAUAGAAAUGUUUGGAGAUGAAGAAGAGGAGGAUGAAGAUAAGGAAGAUGAAGAAAAUGAAGAUAAAUCAGAUGAUAAAGAUGAUGACAAAUCUGAUAAAGAUGACAAAGACGAUGACGACAAUGAUCAAGGUGCUUCGGGUUUAUUAAUCAGAGAUCCAAAUGUUCAAGAAAGAGUGGAUGAGUUGAUGAAUAAUGAAAUAAAUGAGCAGGAGGAUGAAGUUGAAUAUGAAGCAUCAUCAUCUGGAAAACAACCUGUUGAUCAGGUACUUCUUUCUAACCCUACUGUCAUUUAUUUAUCUGGUAAACAACAAGGAGAGGUAGAGGUUAGAAGAACACGGGCUGAAAUGCUAGAGGAAUUGGGCUUGGAAGAUGGAAAGUUUAAAUUCGACAUUGAAGAUGAAAUUCCUCAUUCACCUGCAAAAGAUUUUGAGCCUAGAUACCCUCAUGAAGCUGAUCAUUAUGAUGAAGUGAUUGUUGAAAGCGCGUCUGAUUCAGAGGAAGAUAGGGUAGAUUUUCAUUAUGAAGGGGAAGAUGUUGCAUUCCCUACGUUUACUGAAAUGUUUCAACAUGUUAUCAGAAUCAUAUUGAAAUCAAAAGCAAAGCAUACCCUGGAUCGAUCUUUUAACCUCUGCUUGACGGUUUGA